AUGCGUUGGUUGCACACCCUCAUCUCCUCCCAUUCUUCCUCUUCUUCCUCUUCUUCUUCUGCAACCCUUGGGUCCUCCCCUUCCUUCUCCUCCCUCCCCGACCCCAAGAAGAAACCAUCCUCCGACGCUACCACCCACCGCGGCGGAGCCUGGCUCUUCGGCAGCGGCAGAAAAUCGACGCGCUCCAGGAAGCUCCGCCACGUCGGCGAUAACGAUGCCAGGUGGCAUCACGACUCCGACGACGUUAACGUUGUGCCUUUGUCUCGUUCUCCGAGCUGCUUCGUCGACCGAAGCUACAAUAGUCGCUCCAAUACCUCAUCGGUAGCGCCUCAGCCGUUGCCGUUACCGGAGCUGUCAUCCCCCGCGCUUCAUCGCCAGAGAGACGGGGAAUGCCGUUUGCCGUCGCCGAAAGAUGCCGCCGGGCCCACCGAUAGAGUUGACGGCUCUUUCGACGGCGUCACCUCUGGCUUUCGAAUGAGGAGUGUUUUUGCUAGCCAAGAGACAAGAAGGAACAUGGAGCAGGUGGAAACAAUAAGGUCACCACGGACGACGGUGCGUCAAGAAACGAGUGGUUCUGGAAGCAGACGAAGAGAUAGCUUCACGAUAAGCGUGCCAGCAAGGAGUGCUCCAAAUAGUCCUUUUGCGAGUCCCACAAUAAGCCCAACGAAUGGGAGGAAUAUGGAUGAUUUUGUGCAAUAUUAUUACGUGACACCAAAAGCAAAUCAAUUCUGGUCUGCACCAGAGAUGGCAACAUCUUUAUCGGGGCUACCACCUCCUGCAUUCUUUGAUUUAUCAGCAUUAGGCAAUGAUCGUAUCUCUCCACAUCAAAGUCCACGUGCAAGAAGUCCCAACCCCAACCCCAAAAGCCCAACUAGAGCUUCUUCACCCUUACCCAGGUUAUCCCUUGAGACCCCAACAACACGCCGUGAAACUAUUGCUCCUCUCACUGUUCACCCCUUACCCUUGCCUCCUUGGCCUAACUCAGCCUUAUUACCUUCACCAUCUGCUACCUUUUCCCCAACUCUGCCUAAGACAGAAUCCUUGUCAAUGAAAAGCCAAUGGCAAAAAGGAAAACUUAUUGGCCGAGGUACUUUUGGAAGUGUUUAUGUUGCCACCAAUAGAGAAACUGGAGCAUUGUGUGCAAUGAAGGAAGCAGAAAUAUUUUCUGAUGAUCCAAAAUCUGCGGAGUGUAUAAAGCAGUUAGAGCAGGAAAUUAAAGUUCUUAGCCAUCUGAAACAUCCGAACAUUGUGCAGUAUUAUGGUAGUGAAAUAGUAGAAGAUAAGUUUUAUAUUUAUUUGGAAUAUAUCCAUCCCGGUUCAAUAAAUAAAUACGUCCGCGAACAUUGUGGUGCGAUAACAGAAUCUGUUGUUCGGAAUUUCACACGCCAUAUUGUUUCGGGGUUGGCUUACUUGCACAGCAAAAAAACAAUUCAUAGGGACAUCAAAGGGGCUAACUUGCUUGUUGAUUCUGCUGGCGUUGUUAAGCUUGCUGACUUUGGGAUGGCCAAGCAUCUAACUGGGCAUGAUACUAAUCUUUCUUUGAAAGGAAGUCCAUACUGGAUGGCUCCAGAGCUUAUGCAGGCAGUUAUGCAGAAAGAUAACAGCUCUGAUCUAGCUUUUGCUGUUGAUAUUUGGAGUUUGGGUUGUACAAUUAUUGAAAUGUUCACGGGGAAGCCUCCUUGGAGUGAGUACGAAGGAGCCGCAGCUAUGUUUAAGGUUAUGAGGGAUACCCCUCCUAUACCUGAAACAUUGUCAUCAGAGGGUAAAGAUUUCCUGAGGCUUUGCUUUAAAAGAAAUCCGGCAGAGAGGCCAACUGCUUCAAUGUUACUAGAUCAUCGAUUUCUAAAGAACUUACAACAGUCAGAUGUUUCAUCUUCCACCCAGCCGUAUAAUGGAAACACCUUGAUGGAUAAGCCCCAUAGUCCCAGAGUGUUACCUGAAAAUAAACCUGAUCAGAUUUCUAUUCCCAGUGUACAGAUUGCAAAAGGGAAAUCAGCCACUGACAGGUUCUUCUCCGAGAUUAUCACUAAUGCCUCUGGAAGUAACGAGCAUCUUCAAGAUGGAAUUUACUGCCCAAAAAUCUAG